AUGCCAGACACAGUCCAUCUUCUCCUCACCCUUCUUCAAGUUAUCCAGACGUCUAUCGUACCCAUAACACAUGAAGCCAUUUUGCUGGGCAACCCGCUUUUCGGGGCGGCCAUCCUCUCUCGCUCCAACCUCCAGCCGCUCACCAUAUCCACGAACAACGGGACCGUCUCGCCACUGCUGCACGGGGAACUGAAUUGCGUUCAGCAAUACUUCACCGUUACAUUUCCCAACCGAGCUUGCCGGCCGAACCCAGGCAACGAUACGAUAUUCCUCGCAACUCACGAGCCGUGCAGUCUGUGUUUAAGCGCAAUUACCUGGGCCGGCUUCCACGAGUUCUAUUACCUCUUUACUCACGAGGAAUCCCGCGACCUGUUUGGUUUCGGGGAAGACAUUGACAUCCUCGAACAGGUGUUCCGGGUUCAGGGACACGAAACGCAAGACCAAGUACGGCAUCGCGCACUCUACAACCGAGACAAUAAUUACUUUAGCGGGAGGUCAAUUGCAGCCAUGAUAGAAAAACUAGACAAUGCAACAGCAAAAGGCAUGCUGGCAAAGAAGAUGCAGGACGUGAAAGGCAUAUAUAAUGGCCUGCAUCAAGAAUGGCUCAAUGUAACGCACGCCAACCAGAGCAGCUCAACUAGCUAG